AUGCUACAGCAACGGUUCGCUCGAUCACUACAAUCUCUCGCCAGACAACCGCAAACACUACGGGCAUGGAGAGUGACCAGCACACCUUUCUCCGCCUCCAAAUUCAGAGUUGCGCCCAUCGCAUCGCAACAAGUCCCGUCGCGAAGAUGGUAUUCGUCCAAGGAGGAGUCUGAAAAGAAGGAGGAAGAAAUGCUAAAGGAGGAAUCGGAGGGUAACAAGGCGCAAGAGGGUGAUGCAGCAAAGGACGACCCAGUGCAGAAAGAGUUGGAGGCGAAGAAGAAGGAAGUCCUUGAUCUGACAGUACGUCCAUGACAAUGCUAUCGCGUCCAGGAAUAGAGACUGAUGUCGUUUUGUUGCAGGACCGAUUAAAACGCCAGGUUGCCGACUACCGCAAUCUUCAAGAACAGACGAAACGCGAGGUCGCCGCAGCCAGAGACUUUGCAUUGCAGAAGUUCGCCAAGGAUCUUCUCGACAGCGUCGACAACCUGGAUCGCGCGCUUGGCAACGUCCCUGUGGAGAAGCUCACUGAUGACAACAAGGAACUGAAGGAUCUGUAUAAUGGUCUGAGGAUGACCGAGGACAUUCUGAUGAAGACACUGAAGAAGCACGGUAUGGAGCGAAUAGAUCCCAGCGUCGAGGGAGAGGUGUUCAAUCCCAAUGUGCACGAGGCGACAUUCCAAGCGCCACAGCCAGACAAGAAGGAUGGUACUGUGUUCUACACACAGCAGAAGGGAUUCUUGUACAAUGGAAGAGUGCUGAGGGUAAGUUGCUGAGAUGUCAAGACCACGAGAAGAUUCGCUGACAACUUUUCCCAGGCUGCCAAGGUUGGCGUUGUCAAGAACUCGUGA